UCCUCCUCUCCAUCUCAUCAAACAUCAUAUCAUGUCCGCACCAGCUGCAGACCCACCCGUACCCCCUCCAGGGAACGAUGCUGUCAAACCUGAGUCCUCCCCUCCUGUCGUACCAGUAACAGAAGACGCGACUCAACAGUCACAACCAGAUGUAGGCAUGGAAGAAACUCCUCCCGUUCAAAUAGACGAUCUGUCAGAUAUCCCAGAAAGUAUCAGAUCUGCUGGAGUACAAGAAAUCGUCAUGCACACUCGAAUGAUAGAUUCUGAACUUCGAAUGAUGCGACAGGAGAAUUUGAGAUUGUCACAUGAACGAGAUCAAAUGCUUGAGAGAAUAAAAGACAAUACGACAAAGAUUAAGCAGAACAAGGUUUUACCAUAUCUCGUUUCCAAGGUGGUCGAGAUCCUCGACGUGGAUUCUGAAGUACAGGAAGGUGCUACACAUAACGAACAUAACGCUAAGAAGUCGAAAUGCGCAGUGAUCAAAACUACAACAAGACAAACUGUCUUCCUCCCCAUUAUCGGUCUCGUCCCUCAUAACGAACUUCGUCCUGGUGAUCUUAUUGGUGUAAACAAAGAUUCUUAUCUCAUAUUGGAUAAACUUCCUGCCGAAUACGACGCUAGAGUUAAAGCUAUGGAAGUUGACGAACGACCCACCGAAGCAUAUACCGAUAUUGGUGGAUUGGAUAAACAGAUCGAAGAAUUGGUGGAAGCUAUUGUACUUCCCAUGCAACAAGCUGACAGGUUCAAAACGUUAGGUAUCACACCUCCAAAAGGAUGUUUGAUGUAUGGUCCUCCUGGGACUGGUAAAACCCUGUUAGCUCGAGCUUGUGCAGCACAGACCAAAGCUUGUUAUCUCAAACUCGCUGGUCCAGCUCUGGUGCAGAUGUACAUUGGUGACGGUGCCAAAUUAGUCCGUGACGCUUUCGAACUGGCCAAAGAGAAAGCUCCCGCCAUCAUUUUCAUUGACGAGUUGGACGCGGUGGGGACUAAAAGAUUUGAUUCCAACAAGUCGGGUGAUAGGGAAGUUCAGAGGACCAUGUUGGAAUUGUUAAAUCAACUUGAUGGAUUUUCGAGUGAUGCUCGGAUCAAGGUGAUAGCAGCCACUAACCGGAUUGACAUUCUCGAUCCUGCCUUGCUGCGAUCAGGUCGACUGGAUAGGAAGAUAGAAUUCCCUCUUCCAAACGAAUCUGCUCGUGAACAUAUUCUUCAGAUUCAUUCUAGAAAAUUGAAUCAUAUCAAUGUUAAUUUCGAAGAAUUAGCUCGUUCGACUGAAGAUAUGAAUGGUGCUCAACUCAAAGCCGUUUGUGUAGAAGCAGGCAUGUUGGCAUUACGUCAAGGUGCUUCUCAAUUAACUCAUGAACAUUUCCACGGUGGUAUACUUGAAGUGCAAGCUCGUAAAGCGAAAGAAUACCAGUACUUUGCUUAG